AUGCAAAUGCCUCUCUGAUCAUGAUUUAACAAGUGUAUCAACUAUGCCUUUCAGCAUGGAAGUUUUAAUCUUCUCUUUUCUUCCCUUUGUUCUUGCCGUAAUUCUUUUAAAAACAUAUAUUUCUUCUUCAAAAUCCCACAAACGCCUACCACCAUCUCCCCCAAAGCUACCACUAAUUGGAAACCUUCACCAACUAGGCUCGAGCCCACACCGUACCCUUCAGGUGAUGGCUCAGACGUAUGGUCCACUCAUGUUGAUUCACCUUGGUACUGUGCCGAUACUUAUAGCCUCCUCUGUUGGUGCAGCUCGAGAGAUCCUGAAAACCCAUGAUGUAACAUUUGCAAGCAGACCGAAACUAAACAUCCCUAGUAGAAUAUCUUAUGCCUCCAAGGACAUAGCUUUCUCACCAUAUGGAGAGUAUUGGAGGCACGUAAAGAGCAUUGCGGUGCUCCAUCUUUUAAGCAACAAAAGGGUUCAGUCUUAUCGAUACGUGAGAGAGGAGGAGAUGUCUCUUAUGAUGGAAAAGAUUCGAAGAGAUGGUAAAUUGGUUGUUAAUUUGAGCGAGUUACUUGUUUCGCUUACAAACAAUGUAGUUUGUAGGGUAUCUUUGGGGAAGAGAUAUGAUGGGAGGAAUUUUAAGAACUUGUUAGAAAGGACUAUGACAGUGUUGGGAAGUUUUAGUGUUGGGAGUUAUAUUCCAUCACUAAGAUGGGUUGAUAAGUUGAGUGGAUUAGAGAAGAAAGUUGAUGAAUUUGUUAAGGAAUUCGAUGAAUUUUUAGAGGGUGUUAUCAUUGAACAUGAACAAAAGAAAGAAGUAGGUGCUCAAGGCCCUGAUCUUGUUGAUAUCUUAUUAGAAAUUCAAAGAGAUAACUUGACAGGUUUUAGUAUUGAGAGAGAUACGAUCAAGGCUAUCGUCAUGGACUUGUUUAGUGCUGGAACCGAUACAACAUUCACAAGCCUACAAUGGGCAAUCUGCGAGCUAUUAAGGCACCCACAAGCAAUGAAAGAAAUGCAACAAGAAGCCUUGAAAAUAGGCCAAGGAAGAUCAAUGAUUGUGGAAGACGACUUAGAAAAAAUGCCCUACCUAAAAGCCGUCCUCAAAGAAACCCUACGACUACACACUCCAAAUCCAUUGCUUGUUCCUCGUGAAUCAACACAAGACGUCAAACUACUCGGCUAUGACAUUCCAUCCGGCACACAAGUGUUCAUCAAUGCAUGGGCUAUAGCAAGGGAUCCUUCAGUGUGGGAGGCACCCGAGGAGUUUAGACCAGAGAGGUUUUUGAACAAACCUAUCGAUUAUAAAGGGUUUCAUUUCGAAUUUUUACCAUUUGGUGCAGGACGAAGAGGCUGUCCAGGUAUUCAAUUUGCAAUGACUGUUAACGAGCUCGUUUUGGCUAAUUUGGUGUACAAGUUUGAUUUAUCUUUGAUGGGGGAAGAUGAAUUGGACAUGAGUGAGACAUUUGGUAUUACAGUUCAUAAGAAGUCUCCUAUACUAGUCUCAACAACUCCUCGUUCUUAAGUGGGAAUUCGUGUUUCAUAUCCACAUGUUUCUUGAUAUAUUUAAUAAAAUAACAUGUUUCAUAUUCUGUGAAACUUCUUAUUUCAAAAUAAAUGUGGUAUACUAGUGUCAGCUAGUCUUAUUUCAUAAGAAGUGCCAUGUUUUAAUUAA